GAUCGCUAGAGGCUGAGCGGCCUGCGGUGAGGGGGAAGCUUGCGGUCUCUGCUGUCAGGUGGAGGCAAGCUACAUUAACCAAAAUAGGAUAUAUCUAGUUUUUUGUUUUUGUUUUUAAUUUGUUUCAAACCUGAUAAUUAUCUUCCUCAAGGAAUUCUGAUUAUUCUUCAACCUUGUUUAUCAUUAUGGCUCUAUCUUUUAAACUGCUGGACAGUGUCUUUCUUUCUAGAAGGUGCCAUAGGCAAAAUGCCUUGCAUCCUUUGCUUGGACCUCUCCUCACUGAUUGCAUCUCAAAAUUGUACAGUAGCUAUAGGAGACCAGGGACAUCCCCUGAUAACACUCCACCUUGGAAGAUGAAUUUCAACUUUGAGAAGGGAGUGGAUGUAAUUAAGAAACAUUUUGGCCUCCUAAAAAAGGAGUUGGUGGAUCACUGGAAAGGGCCUGAGGGCUAUCAUUUUGACGAGUACUUGUUGCAACAGACUAGAGUGGUCUGGGAGUUUCGCAGCCAGAAAGAUUUAGAUGAGUGGGUGGUUUCUUCUGAUGCAGAGAUCGGAGGGAAAAGUGAAGCCUACCUAAAACUGGGUAAGAAUAAUCAGACUGCUCUGCUGUAUGGGACCCUCAAUACUGAAGUACCUCAUGAUGGGGAGACAAGAUACAGUGGAUAUUGUUCAAUGAAAACCAAACUGCCAAAGGGAGCGUUUGGAACUAAGAAGUAUUAUGAUUGGUCAAACUUUAAUAGUCUGUAUUUACGCGUUCGUGGUGAUGGUCGACCCUGGAUGAUAACCAUCUAUACAAACCCAUACUUCUCCCAUCAAAAGGAUGACCUGUACAAUUACUUCAUGUUCACCCGAGGAGGUCCAUACUGGCAAGAAAUUAAGAUUCCAUUCUCCAAGUUCUUUAUCUCAAGUCGGGGGAGAAUCCAGGAUGAUCAGUACCCACUCUGGUUAGAUAAGAUUAGUACUGUUGGAUUCACAUUGGGAGACAAGGCAGAUGGCCCUUUCCAGCUGGAGAUAGACUUUAUUGGAUUGCUGAAAGACAGAGCUCACACAGAAGAAUUCGCCUAUGAAAAAUAUGAAAGAAAUCCCAAGGUCUAGAUGGGCCUGCAAUCCUGUGGAACGUACUUCAGUAGCUCGUUUUAUUAAAUAUUUAUACACCAUGUUAAACUUGAGUUUCUUCAUGCAUGGUGGGAGAGAGAGUUCACAUAAAUAUUGAAGAGUAACUCCAUGAAGUGAGUGGGAUGGACUCCAUAAUAAACUGAGCAGACUUGCAGCUUAAGAACAUAUG